GGGGGCGGAGGCGGGGCCGGAGCGCGUGCUGGGGGCAGGUCUGCAGUGCUGCUUCCCCUGGUACGAGGAGCAGUCGCCGCUGCCGCCUCAGCCCCGCGGCUGGACCCCCUCCCUUACCCGGGGACUCCCUGACCGGGGAAGCCAGCUCAGGUCUGCAGAGGCUCCCAGAAGGGAAGUAGAAAGUCCUCCCUGAAAUACCUUGGCUCCUCAGUUGAGCCUCUCCAACCUGGCUUCCCCUUCCCAUCCCAUUCCCCUUCUCCCCCUCUCCCUCUCCCACUCACCCUCCUAAACCCGGUGCAGAACAGAGCUCUGUUCUCCCUUUUCCCUCCUGGACCUCACUGGCCAGGCCCUAGUUCCUCUCCUCUUGACCCCACACGCCACUGAGCAAAAGGCUGAAAACCAAGCGGAGAGAGUGAGGUGGACCCAGCGAAGCGCGCCCCAAGCCCCAUCAUGGAAGAAGGCUUCCGAGACCGGACGGCGUUCAUCCGUGGGGCCAAAGACAUUGCCAAGGAGGUUAAGAAGCACGCGGCCAAGAAGGUGGUGAAGGGCCUGGACAGGGUCCAGGAUGAGUAUUCCCGCAGGUCCUACUCCCGCUUCGAGGAGGAGGACGACGAUGAUGACUUCCCGGCCCCUGCUGAUGGCUAUUACCGCGGAGAAGGGGCCCAGGAUGAGGAGGAAGGUGGCGCCUCCAGCGACGCCACCGAAGGCCACGACGAGGAGGAUGAGAUCUACGAGGGCGAAUAUCAGGGCAUCCCUCGGGCAGAAUCUGGGGGCAAAAGCGAACGGCUGGCAGACGGGGCGGCCCUGGCCGGCGUGCGAGGGGGCCUGAGCGAUGGGGAGGGUCCCCCUGGGGGCCGGGGGGAGGCGCAGCGGCGGAAAGAUCGCGAAGAGCUGGCUCAGCAGUACGAGGCCAUCCUCCGGGAGUGCGGCCAUGGCCGCUUCCAGUGGACUCUCUACUUCGUCCUGGGCCUGGCGCUGAUGGCCGACGGGGUGGAGAUCUUUGUCGUGGGCUUCGUGCUGCCCAGCGCUGAGAAGGACAUGUGCCUGUCCGACUCCAACAAAGGCAUGCUAGGCCUCAUUGUGUACCUGGGCAUGAUGGUGGGAGCCUUCCUCUGGGGAGGCCUGGCUGAUCGGCUGGGCCGGAGACAGUGUCUGCUCAUCUCGCUCUCCGUCAACAGCGUCUUCGCCUUCUUCUCGUCUUUCGUCCAGGGUUACGGCACUUUCCUCUUCUGCCGCCUCCUGUCUGGGGUUGGGAUUGGCGGUUCCAUCCCCAUCGUCUUCUCCUACUUUUCGGAGUUUCUGGCCCAGGAGAAACGUGGGGAGCACUUGAGCUGGCUCUGUAUGUUCUGGAUGAUUGGCGGGGUGUAUGCAGCCGCAAUGGCCUGGGCCAUCAUUCCCCACUAUGGGUGGAGCUUCCAGAUGGGCUCAGCUUACCAGUUCCACAGCUGGAGGGUCUUUGUCCUCGUCUGUGCCUUUCCCUCUGUUUUCGCCAUCGGGGCUCUGACCACGCAGCCAGAGAGUCCCCGAUUCUUCCUAGAGAAUGGGAAGCACGAUGAGGCCUGGAUGGUGCUGAAGCAGGUUCAUGACACCAACAUGCGAGCCAAGGGCCACCCCGAGCGGGUCUUCUCAGUAACCCACAUUAAAACGAUUCAUCAGGAGGAUGAACUGAUUGAGAUCCAGUCUGACACCGGGACCUGGUACCAGCGCUGGGGAGUCCGGGCUUUGAGCCUGGGGGGUCAGGUCUGGGGGAAUUUCCUCUCCUGCUUCAGUCCAGAGUAUCGGCGUAUCACUCUGAUGAUGAUGGGUGUGUGGUUCACCAUGUCGUUCAGCUACUACGGCCUGACCGUCUGGUUUCCCGACAUGAUCCGCCACCUCCAGGCUGUGGACUAUGCAGCCCGAACCAAAGUGUUCCCGGGGGAGCGUGUGGAGCACGUGACGUUUAACUUCACGCUGGAGAACCAGAUCCACCGAGGGGGCCAGUACUUCAAUGACAAGUUCAUCGGGCUGCGGCUCAAGUCCGUGUCCUUUGAGGAUUCCCUCUUCGAAGAGUGUUACUUCGAAGAUGUCACAUCCAGCAACACGUUCUUCCGAAACUGCACCUUCAUCAACACCGUGUUCUACAAUACUGACCUGUUUGAGUACAAGUUUGUGAACAGCCGCCUGGUGAACAGCACGUUCCUGCACAAUAAGGAAGGCUGCCCGCUGGAUGUGACAGGCACAGGCGAAGGCGCCUACAUGGUGUACUUCGUCAGCUUCCUGGGGACACUGGCUGUGCUUCCGGGAAACAUCGUGUCUGCCCUGCUCAUGGACAAGAUCGGCAGGCUCAGGAUGCUUGCUGGGUCCAGCGUGAUGUCCUGCGUUUCCUGCUUCUUCCUGUCUUUCGGGAACAGCGAGUCAGCCAUGAUCGCUCUGCUCUGCCUUUUUGGGGGGGUCAGCAUUGCAUCCUGGAACGCGCUGGACGUGCUGACUGUUGAACUCUACCCUUCGGACAAGAGGACUACCGCCUUCGGCUUCCUGAAUGCCCUGUGUAAGCUGGCAGCAGUGCUGGGGAUCAGCAUCUUCACGUCCUUUGUGGGCAUCACUAAGGCUGCCCCCAUCCUCUUUGCCUCAGCUGCCCUUGCCCUUGGUAGCUCUCUGGCCCUGAAGCUGCCUGAGACCCGGGGGCAGGUGCUGCAGUGAGGGGCCGGGUCUCAGGGGCUUUAGGGAUGGCAGGCACACUGUGAGACCAAUAAUUCCUUUUAUCCCUCCCCUGCCCUGCUGUCCUGGUCCUCACUCCCCCGUGUUUGGUGUCUUAGCUGUGUGUGCCUGUGUGCAUGUGUGUGACCCUGAUGGGCAGGGACUACGGGAAGGUCCCUUCACCCCGGUUUCGGGAGGAGGCUCUCCCCAAAUGCUGCCACCCUCGACUUUGCACAGGAGAAGGCCCAGCUGCCCCCUUCUCUCCCGCAGCAUUAAUGGGGGCCCUGUCUUCCUGCCCCAGGGAUUCCAGAACUUCCGCCUUCCCCGUCAUUCCCUCUGCCUAGGCCCAGCUGAAUCACAGGUACAGAGUUACAUUGGGGCUGAGGCUUGGACCAAAAGAACUUGAGUGGGAAGGGUCUUGGGUGCCCUCUAACCGCCCAAGGAUGCUGGGGAGCAGCAAUAAACCCCAGCCCUCUGGUCUCCAUUUUCACCUCAAUGCAGGCUACAAAUGUGAAGCCUGGAUUUUAUGGAAUUAGUUUUCUGAUUCUUGUUUCUGUGUACGUUCUGAGGCAGCUUAGGGGGACCGUGUGUGGAUGUAUGCAUACACUCACGCGUGUGUGUGUGUGUGUGUGUGUGUGUGUAUGUGUGUGCACCACGGGGCAGGGGUACCACUAUACUGUUUGAAUAUAAGCCAAGGGUAGUGGUCUCGGUAAACACACAUACACAACACUGUUUUUCUAUAGUACCUCCCAGGACCUUGUAUCUGUGUCAGGGCUGGGAGGGAGGAGCCCUAGGCCAGGCUGGGCUAAGAGUCCAGCCAGCUAGGGGGACCUGAGACACAGGACAAGGCCUCACUCUUUCCUGCCUCUAGAGAGGUUCCACCCACUAGCCACAUCCUCCCACCUGACCUGUCCGCACAGGCAGCGGGCCAGAGGAAAGUAUGGGGGAAUAACCAGCAGAUUCGAAAGCACAAGGAGCUGGGGCAGGGUCGGGCACAGGAAGCAGGGGCCCUCCCACAACCCUUCUCAAAGAGGUUGGGCAGAGGGGACCUAAUGCAGGGACCAGAAGCCUCAGUUUCCCCAACUUGCCCUUCCACGGAACAGCCUCUGUAGGUAGAGCUGCCCCCGUCCUACCCUACUCUGUGUGGCUGCUCUCUUUGGUACUCUCUUCCCACUCCCAUUGUAGCUGUGAUGUGUUGUAGUUUUUAGCUGUUUGUAAAAAUGUUAAAAAGUUAAAAGGAAGUUAAAAUAACCACAAAAAAAAAAAAAAAAAGAAAAAAAAAAUCCAGAUUCCCCCCCCUCAUGCUGCGUCUGGUGCCCUCAGCCCUGAGGCCAUUCCCGAUUUUGUAACACUGAACCGGGUGGUGGCUGUUUUCACUCUGGUGUUUGUGCUCAACGGACUGCCUUCUCCUCCAGUGCCCAGUGUGCGUGUGUCCCC